AGGGAGGACUAUUGAACUCUCCUGGAAGUUGAAUUUUCUGUCCUUCAGGUAAACGUGUCAGGUCUUCUGUCAAUUCUUCUGGAGGGUUUUCUUGCUGUGUUGAUAUUUUAUGUUCUUGUUAUUUAACCUGAUUUGUCUUGGCACCUGGAUUGCAGUAUACACCUGCUAUUGAUAUUUGGAGUAUUGGCUGUAUCUUCGCGGAGGUAUUGACUGGGAAGCCGUUGUUUCCUGGUAAAAGUGUUGUGCAUCAGCUGGAUUUGAUGACUGAUCUUCUUGGAACACCGACAGUAGAUACCAUUUCUGGAGUUCGAAAUGAGAAAGCGAGGAAAUAUUUGACAGAUAUGCGGAAAAAAUAUCCUGUGCCUUUGGCCGAUAAAUUUUCAAAUGCUGAUCCGCUAGCACUCCGGCUACUGCAAAAGCUAUUGGCAUUUGAUCCAAAAGAUCGGCCAACUGCUGAAGAGGCAUUGGCUGAUCCUUACUUCAAAGGCCUGGGCAAAGUUGAGAGGGAACCUUCUUGUCAGCCAAUCUCAAAGCUGGAAUUUGAAUUUGAGAGGCGAAGGGUGACAAAGGAGGACAUUAGGGAACUAAUAUUUCGAGAGAUACUAGAAUACCAUCCUCAACUGCUCAAGGACUACAUGGCAGGCAACGAAGGCACAAAUUAUCUAUAUCCUAGUGCUAUCGGUCAAUUUAGAAAGCAAUUUGCAUAUCUUGAGGAGAAUGGUGGGAAGAGCGGGCCUGUAAUUCCUCUCCAGAGAAAGCAUGUCUCCCUCCCUCGGUCUACUGUUAACUCAAGUACCAUCCCUCCCAAGGCACACCAAAAUUUGCCAGUAUAUGAUAACCGGCGAAUUUCCGAAGAGGUGUGUAGUGGUGUUAGAGUUGCAGAUAUGAUACCUGGAAAUAUAUCAAAUGCUUCACGGCCACCACCACGGAUACCUACAGCCAAACCAGGAAGAGUUGUGGGACCAGUUUUACCAUAUGAAGGUGGAAGAAACAUCAAGGAUGCAUAUGAUGGAAGGGUGUAUGCUGGAAACGCAGUGCUCCCUCCUCAGACCAUCUCUCCGCAUCAUUUCUUCAAGACUACCACUGGGAAUCAAGAAAAGCUGGGGACAGAAGCGACUAGGGAAUCUUCACACGUCAAACAGCAAUCAUUGCAAGGCAUGGCAGCCAAACCUGCCCCUGGCAUGACCGCUGACUUGAACACUAACCCAUAUUAUCCUUCACAAGGCAAAGCAAGCCCAUUAAAUAAUCAAAUUGCAAUCGAUGCAAAAUUGCUGCAGGCGCAAUCUCAGUUUGGUGUAGUUGGUGCUGCAGCCGUGGCUGUUGCUGCUCACAGAGAGAUUGGUGCUGUUCAGUUUGGACUGUCUUCUUAGCGGGUCAUAUUGGAUCAUCUUAAAUGGAUCAAUUAAUCGCGUCUGAAAAUCAAAAAUGGGUGCUGAUCUUGGUUGGAUCACCAAAUCGACACAUGGUAAAAGAAUUGGGUGGGUUUUUUUCUUCCUUCUUUUUUUUGGUUGUUGGAGGGGAAGGGGGAGAGAGGGAGCGAGGGGGUUGCGGAGGGGCCAGGUUCUGGUUUUAGUAGUUGUUUAUAUUUUCUAGGCACUAAUCAUGUACCUGUACAAUUAUAACAAUUGCAACAUUGGAAUUAUAAUUGGAUAGUGAUUGUUUUUAUGCACCAUUACAUUUAUAUUGUACUUUCAAUUUGAC